CACUGCGGCAGACUGCGUGUAUUCGCUGGCUGCAUGGCUGCCUGGCUCAGCGUUCAAAGGCAGAGCGGAAGAUAGGAGGAGGGGAAUGACUACACCAAGAGAGUAGGAGGAGGAGGGAGAGAGGACAAUUUCCUUUCUGUGACACACGCUACAAGAACACACCGGGAAAACGGAGAGGAAAGAAAAUAUAAUAGGCGAGAAGCAGAAGGAAAAGACCGCAGCUCCUCCGUUUGCUUCUUGUUUUUUUUUAUAGGAGGGAGGAAUAGAAGCGUCUUUUCUUUAGUAUCGGACUAACAUGGGGGAAGGCGACAGCUCCUGACGAGGAUUGACUUUGAGUGAACCUCUGCUCUGUGGUACAAGUCUGGCUAAUAUACAGGCAGGAAAAAGGCGACAGGGAAGACAUGUUGAGGGGCUUUUCGUCUUGAGGUUGCGGUAGGAUGUUGAUGUUGUGCUCUUAAAACACACGGCUCUCGUAGGAAAAAAAAAGAGGGCAAAUGGAAAUUGGGCGGUAGACUGUGUUCAGGAGCUAUUGUUUUGAUCGGUGUUCAUUUAAUUAGUUUGUUAUGAUCUGAAAUCCCCUAGGCCUCUUAGGCAGCCCUGCAGUAAAUAAACACACGGUCAGCAAACCGGGGCUGCAAAUGAACCUGACUGCAUUUGUUUAGGUUAUUUAUCCGACAUAGGCUGGAUUAUAUUCACAGUUUAGGAGCGACUUGUUUGUUUGUCUAAGUCGCUGUUUUCUUAUUUAAUUGCUCAACCAGGGAUCCCAAACAUUUCCAUAUACAUCAACUCUGAAAGGAUCCUGCAGAGGCCCAGCUGAAAACACAAAAGGCUGUUUGGUGUUAGAAUAAACCCUUUGGAUCUGCACACUGGACCAUCUUCCAGGGUCUAUCUGUCUAAGCUCUUCAACACCAUAGCUGUGUAGUCUUCUCAGUUUAGUAGCAGGCAGGGGCCCAAACGAAGAUUUUUAAAUGUUAAUGUCGACCGACGUUGCAUCCAUCAUGCUGCCUGUACCCCGGGGUCUGAUGGACCGGGAUAGAGAGCUGGACACCAUGGCCGGGGUGCACCCCAACCCCGGCGGUGCUCCUGCCGCUGUCCGGGGUAUGAAGCGCGGAGACCCGGAGCCGGACGGCCAGGCUGCGGCCGCUCUGGUGGACUCGGCCGGGGCUGAAUGCAAACGCCCCCGGAUCGACGGCACCGGGGGGAUCGGAGACGUUGGUCAGAACAACGACCCUUUGACCCUUGGUUACCAUGGCUACGCAUCUCAUAGUCAGGGCUCUCAGGAUAGUGCUGGCGGACAGGAGGGACUCGUACCCCCACCCUUCUCUGCGUUUCCUCCACCUCCACCGCCGCCCCCCCAGAACGGCCUGACCCUGGAUUACGGGGGCAGUCUGUAUGCAGCGGGGGCAGUCCAAGGCCCCGUGGAAGCCGGCGGAGCGGCGAACAGCGCCGCCAACGCCGCCAACAGCCUCAGUGCCCAAUCAGAUGGCUCCUCCCAGAUUGACGUCCAGUCAGGGGUCGGCUCAGGAGGAGGAGGUGGAGGAGGGACCGCUGGGGAUGAUUCAGACGCCAAGGGGACCCCCAAACGCCUCCAUGUUUCUAACAUCCCCUUCCGCUUCCGAGACCCUGACCUACGGCAGAUGUUUGGGCAAUUUGGCAAAAUCCUUGAUGUUGAGAUCAUUUUCAAUGAGCGAGGAUCCAAGGGCUUUGGUUUUGUAACGUUUGAGACGAGUGCGGAUGCAGAAAGAGCCAGAGAGAAGCUUCACGGAACAUUGGUGGAAGGCCGUAAAAUUGAGGUCAAUAACGCCACAGCCAGAGUGAUGACGAACAAGAAGAUGACCACACCAUACUCUAAUGGAGAGGGUCUCGCCACUCUCCCAUAUGCUGGCUGGAAGUUGAGUCCGAUGGUCGGAGCUAUGUACAGUCCUGAGCUCUAUACAGUACCGGGAUUUCCGUACCCAGCAGCAGCAGCUGCCGCCUCUACCGCUGCAACCUUUCGAGGUGCUCAUCUCCGGGGUCGUGCCCGGCCCGUCUACAGCGCCGUCAGAGCAGCUGUGCCGCAACCUGCCAUCCCUACCUACCCUGGUGUGAUGGCCUAUCAGGAUGGUUUUUACGGUGCCGCUGAUCUUUAUGGUGGUUAUGCAGCGUAUCGUUACGCCCAGCCAGCUGCGGUAGCGACUCCCGCAGCAGCAGCGGCCGCAGCAGCAGCUUACAGUGACAGCUACGGACGUGUUUAUACAGCAGAUCCCUACCAUGCUGCACUGGCCCCAGCUGCCUAUGGUGUUGGAGCCAUGGCCACACUGUACAGGGGAGGCUACAGUAGAUUCGCCCCUUAUUAAAGGACACUACAUUUACCAGGAGCUCCUCUCUUCCAUUGAAUUACUCUGAAAGAGCUCCCUCUGUUGUCGUGGAGGUGAACUGCACCCAGUUUUAAAGUGUGGAAUCGUCCACAACAAAGAUAUUUCAGAUCCCACCCCCACUUUUUCUUAUAUACGCUACUACAGAAAUAGAGGAAUGCUGUAUUAAAGACUGAUGGAUGACCUCUGCAUUUAAAAAAAAAAGAAGAAAAAAAGACUUAAAAUGGCCAUCUUCCUUAUUGCACGGCUGUAUUAUAGUCCCCCCUUGUUCCUUCAGCACUCAGCAGCACAAAACUUGGGAUGGAGCCCAGAUGUUCUUCCAAAGGCUGUGUAAGGAUAAGUGACAUUUAAACAGCUGUUGCCCAUGGAUGAGAAUGAGCUGAGUGCUGUGUGGCCUGCACACACUCAACAUAUAAGGAAAAAAACCAGAGUCCAUACAACAUUGGAGUGAUAGAAAGUAGGAAGGUGCUUCUGGAAAAAAAAAACAAGAGCACCUAAAACAUUUUGAACCAGAUGAUAAAACACCCACUGAUGGAUUUUGUAUGUCCUUGUGUGGGCUGAUAGAAAUGAGAGGAUUUCCUUUCUUGCUAUGUUCUGGUUUAAGGGAUACUGAGUAUGGCGGCUUGGAGAGAGAGAGAGUGCAGUGGUUUAUUACGCUACAGAAAUCACGUCCGAAAGCUGACGGUGGGAGGGUUAUUAGAGCUGUUCCUUACCUCAAGUUUUCUUAGUAUGUGGAAAUGGUGAACCUUUAAACUUAAAUUAUAAUAUGCAAAGAAAUUAGUUUAGAGAAAAAAUUACCAAAUUAUUAUUAUUAUUAUUAUUAUUAUUAUUAUUGUAAUUAUUAUCAUUAUUAUCAUUAUUAUUACAACCAUUAUUUUGUUUGACUCCGCUACACAGCAGACACUGAUGUAAAGAGACUCCACAGUGAACCUUGGGGUUAAAAUCAGAAAACUAGCAUUUCAAUUUGAAAAAUAUUCUACUCAUGUUAUUUUGCUCAAGCACAGAUUUCACUACGUGCGCAGCCACAGUGCAACACUACGAAAGUGCAACACACUACACUGAAACGUGGCUUCAUACGGUUGAUUUAACAUCUGACCUAAAGCCAUCCAGUCACCACUCGCAACCCUGAGGUUUAAGUAUUUGUUGAUCCUUUAAUAUAGAGAUUUAUUAUUUGGAUUUCCCCCUCAUGCUCCACCUUUUAUAGAGCAAGUCCAACAUUAAAUGAGUCUUCCUGGAAAAAAAACAAAAAAACAAACACUUUAGAUGUAUUUGAGAUGCUGUCAGCACCGAUUACUGAGCAAGUGAGAUUCUGUCAGUGAGUUAAUAGAAAAUAUUUAAAUGCAAAACACCUUACUAUUGUGCAUAUUUCUAUACCAUUGUAUUCUGUAUUUCCAAAUGUGGCUUUUUUUGCUUUUGUUUUUGUUCCAAAGAUUUGUAGAAAGCACAUUUUUCUGCCGUAUGUAUAAAUAUAUUACCUUUGUUAUUGUUAUAUGAUCAUUAUCUUUGAUAAUUCUAUUGCUGUCUUUUAUUUACUUUGAUUCACCUUGUUUUUUUUGUUUGUUUUUUUUUUAAAUAUCUAGGUGUUUUGUUUUUUUCUUUUUUUUUUUUCCAUUUGGGAGUAAACUUCUUGAGCCAGGGCAUACUGAUCGACAGACAAAAGGUAUGCAUGAAACACUAUCAAACUUUCAGGCAGCCCAGGCUUUUGUUUUGUUUGUUUUUGGUCGGUGAUAGGAUCCACUAGCAUGACAUUUAUUAUAUUUCAGAAUAUACAGGAAUGGCUGGAUUUUUUUUUUUUUUUUUUAAAGUGUGUGUAUAUCUUCACAGGUGACUGAGACAUUUGGAUGAAUGGAUAGGCCUGUAGCACUUUGGUUAAACCCAAUUGCAUUCUUGUUUUUUUCCCUUGUUUUUUUGCUUGAAUUUUUUUGUUUUGUUUUGAUUUUUAAGGCUCCUUAACAUUUCAGUGUCGAAAUCUAUCUGACUGACUGAUGUGGUCACGCUGAGUUUGUGUGAAAUAUCCAGUAAAAAAAAAAAAAAAAAAAAAAAAAGUUCUCAUCACCCAUACACAGGUUAAUAUUCCAAAACAGUGAAACAUGUCAUUGUGGGAUAUGAUCUAAGGUGUGUGUGUAAAAUUGGGCUGUUAUGCUUUUUAACCAUUAAUUUCACAGAUACCGUUGUUUCCUCUUAUAUGUGGAAGAACAUGCAGGACAAUAAGAUUUUUUUUUCUAUUAAAUGUUGCUGCUGUUUGAUUUUUAAGUCAUGACAUGUAACAUUUCUUUUAAAAAUAUCUUCAUAUUAAUAUAGAAUGUGCUCUGGACAUAACGGAAAAAAAGAGAAAACCUAGCCAAAGAUGCUAAAAGUUCCCGGCACGUUCUGGUUCCCAAUUGUGAAAAGUGCUACACAAAAUACACAAAGAUGGACUUAAUGGAGCCAUUGAAGGCAUGGAUAAACCAGCAUGAGCGAUAUUGUCAAGUU